UCCACCUGGACCUCAGAUCCGCCACCCAAUCUUGCUCCAACCAUGCGCCCACGGGCGUGAACACCAUGUCCGUGGAAAUCGACUGGUCUCUCCUCUCCGAGCCGUCCCCAACGGGUCAGGCGCUCGCCGACGGCCUCAUGGCCGCGCUGAAUGCGCAGCUCAACACGGCCGCCCGCCCAUCCUUCCUUGGGCCCGUGACCGUCUCCUCCUUCGACUUUGGCAAGAUUGGGCCCUCAGUCGAGAUCAAGGACAUCCGGGACGUGUGGCGCGCAUUCGACGAGGGCGACGAGGAGGGCGACGCCGAGAUCGAGGCGCGCGAGCUUGAGGCCGCUCAGCUCGCUGGCGUCGAUUUCGACGAUCCCCUUCGCUCUCCGCCCCCGCCAUAUGCCGCUCACCUCUCCUAUUCCCAUGCUCAUGCUCAUGUCCAUGCACAGGCUUAUCCCCCCUCCCACACGCCACUCCACCACCCGCUUCCAAUCUCUCCCCGUCCCCGAAGAGGUCGGUAUCCGUCGCACGCGAGCGCGCCACAGCGCGCCCCGGCUCUCUCCGGGUUAGGCUCUCCCGACGAUGACGAAGGGGAAAGUGUCUAUUCCGGCGUAGGGAGUCGGUCUGUCGCCAGCGUCGGGUUGGGCGUUGGAGGCCUCGCCAUUCGCCGUCCCUUUGGCUCCCCAAUGCGUGCCUCCCUCCCGCCGAGCCGUGUACACUCGCGCAACGAGUUUGUGGACGAGCGACCAACAACGCAGACGGGAACAGGGCAGGCGCGACGCGACUCGGCUGCCUUGCCCUUCUCUCCGCCCCCGAGCCCGCCAGUGCGUCCCGCAGGUCUUGAAAAUGACCGCUCCGGCUCCAUUCCACCAGUGCAGAUGCACCUUCGAGUCGAGCAUGCCGCCGACCUCAGCCUCACGCUCUUCACCUCCCUUCAGGUCAACUACCCUUCUGCGCUAUUCAUGAGUCUCCCGCUCAAGCUCGUCAUCACAGGCCUUACCCUCGCAGCCGACGUUGUCAUUGCAUACUCGUCAAGAAAGAAUCGCGUGCACAUCACUAUCGUGGACACUGGCGACGAUGGCACUACCCCUGAGAAGCACGACCACAAUGCCCCGUACGCCUACGGCCACCAUCAGCCCGUCACGCCGGGCCAGCGCAUCCUCCCCCAUCUGCACAUCGAGAGCGAAAUAGGGCAUGCAGAUGCCCAUGUCCUCCGCAAUGUCGGCAAGGUUGAGCGCUUCAUCGUCGACGUAGUUCGCAAGACGCUCGUGGACGAGCUCGUGUUCCCAAACUUCCACACCAUCGCCCUGCCAUAACCCGACUUGCCCCGCGCGUGCCCGAGGAAGCACUCGCGCAGGUACUCAUGCACACGGGUAUACUGGGCUGCUUCGCGCCUGUCAAGACGACCUAGGAGCAAUGCUCGGCGCAUAGCAGCAAGAAUCUCUCCACAUCAUUACUCUUGUUGGCACAGAUGACACAUCGUAUGCAUUAGGAUACAACAAUGUUACACAAAGU